AUGAUACAAGCCGCCAAGAUCCUAGAACAGCGAAGCCACCUCGUGCCCGGCAAACUGCGCAUAAUAGAGCACUUCUUCCAAGUCCCCCGUGACUAUUCCAACCCCUCCUCAGGUACAAUCCAGCUCUUCGCCCGCUCAGCACGCAAGGCCGAAAAGCCCGCAGACUACGCCCCCUCCAACAUCCCAGAAGACCCCAAGAAAGCCCAGCUCCCAUGGCUCGUCUACCUGCAGGGCGGGCCGGGCUUCGAAUGCCGCAGCCCGCAGAACGUCGCCUGGACGCAGACCAUCCUCGACAAAGGGUACCAAGUGCUCAUGCUGGACCAGCGCGGGACGGGUCUCUCAACCGCCAUCUCGCAGUCCGCGCUCCAGCUGCGCGGCGACGAGAAGGUCCAGGCGGAGUACAUGAAAUCCUUCCGCGCAGAUUCUAUUGUCAAAGACUGCGAAGCCAUCCGCAAAGCGCUGACCGCCGACUACCCUGAGGAGAAGAGGAAGUGGAGCAUCAUGGGCCAGUCGUUCGGCGGCUUCUGCUGCACCACGUAUUUGAGCUUCUUCCCCGAGGGCGUGAAGGAGGCGUUUGUCUUCGGGGGGCUGCCGCCGCUAAGGGAUGGCCCGGAUGAGGUGUACGAGCGGCUGUAUCGGCGAGUGAAAGAAAGAAAUGAAAAGUACUAUGAGAAAUAUCCCGAGGAUGUGGAGAGGGUGAGGAGGGUGUGCAAGUUGCUCGGCCGCUUUGGCGACACUACCGUCCGCGUCCAGGGCGGCGAGGGCUACCUCAGCGCCCGACGGUUCCUCCAACUCGGCAUAUUCUUCGGGAAGCACGGCGGCUUCGACCAAGUGCACGAGCUCGUCCUGCGCGCCGACACCGACCUCACGCAAUUCGGCCACCUCACGCGGCCCACAGUCCUCGCCCUCGAAGCCGCGCAGUCCUUCGACUCGAACGUAAUCUACGCCCUCCUGCACGAACCACUCUACUGCCAAGGCUUCAACAAUGCCCCAAACUGGUCCGCGGAGCGCCUGCUCUCGCGCUUCCCCGCCUUCAACUAUACCGAAACGCUCCACAGCACCGACCCCAUCCUGUUCACGGGCGAGAUGAUCUACCCGUUCAUGUUCGACUGCUAUCCGGAGCUGAAGAAGCUCAAAGCGGUGGGGUAUGCGCUGGCGGAGGAGCCAGACUGGCCGAGGUUGUAUGACGAGGAGCAGUUGAAGCGGAACGAGGUGCCGGUUUACGCGGCGGUGUAUGUGGAUGACAUGUAUGUGGAUUUUGACCUGAGCAUGGAGACGGCGAGGACGAUUAGGGGGUGUAAGCCGUUCGUGACGAAUGCGAUGUAUCAUAAUGCUAUCGGGAGCAAAACGGAUGAUGUGCUGAAGGAGAUUUUCGCGAUGAGGGACGAUGUUAUAGACUGAGGACUUCAUCUGCGCAUAUGGCGGGAAUCAAGUGUAUACCCUCUAUGUCGUCCAAUGUCGAGCAGCGGUGGAAUGGCUCUAUAUCUUCGCGCUCCCACCCUGAUAGAUCUUCUUCGCUCUCUCAAUCUCCUCCUCCAAAUCUAUAUCCCAAAUCCAGCGCAUCCGCGAG